AUGCAGUUCCAACUCUCCACCACCAAAACCAACCUCCUCGCCGCCCUCGCAGCAUUCUCCUUCGCCAUCCCAGCCGUCACAGCCAUGAACAGCAACGGCUGCAACGUGCAGCACUUCAGCGGCAACGGCGGCAACGAGUUCACCAUCUACUGGGAGAACGUCCCGUCUCAGUCGAUGUCGAGCAUCUGUGACGCUCUGGACAAGAAGGUUAGACAGCAGGCUAGCGAUUAUGCUAUUCAGGCUAUUAGUGUUAAGGAUGGGUAUACUAUUGAUUGCGCCACCUUCGGCACCAACAACAUGUGGACCAAGAUCCGUCUCAACAAGCAGUCUUGCGGCCGACAAGAGGAGUUCAUCGGUAUCAAGGUGCAAGAGACGAUCGGUAGCGCUGGGAGCCUCAAUAAGGACCUCCCCUGCGAUUUGAGCCGGUGUUAA